CAAUGCUUCAGAAUCGCGUGUCCGGCCGCCCGUUUAUCAGUUGACGUUCAGUAUUCAGCUCAGUAGCACGCUUACGGCGGAAGGCUCAGCGGAAAGUGGAAAAUGAACGUAUCCUUUUUACUAGCCUGACGAGUGUGUACGCGUAAAGUCGUCUAGGUUCGGUGAGCGCGCGGUCCGACGAAUCGGCGAACGAAGUAUCUACUAAGCAGCACCUCCCGCCACGAGGGGAUAACGAGUGUCCUUUCCAUCGUCCGAUCCGAUUCUUAACCCUCGCCACCCUCCCUACCCUUAGUCAGCUCUUUCGCCCCGACCGCCUCGACCGUCCCGAUAGCGAUCAAACCCGCGAGCAAUCAUGUGGAGUGACGACGAGGAGCAGGGCACUGAACCGGUUGAGGCGACAUGGGAAGAGCACAGUCAGUUCUAUCGAAGCUUUUCGCGCUUCAUGUCCGUGUCCGAGCACGAUCGGCGCGAGAUGGUGCGGGUGUUCUUCAUCGAGCAGGACGUGCCGGUGUUGGAAUCCUCGGAUAUCGACUUCAUCCCGACCAACAUGCUGAGCGGAUUCUUUCUCCACACGCAUAAAGCCGAAGUCAAGAUGCCGAGCGGAGAAGUCGAUAAGCCGGUGAUCGAUGACAACCACGACGGUACCGUCUCGAUCCGCUAUGAACCGAAGGAGGAAGGCAUCCACGAGCUCGCGGUCAAGUACAAUGGCGAGCACGUGCAGGGCUCCCCGUUCAAAUUCCACGUCGACUCAAUCUCCUCCGGGUACGUGACGGCGUACGGGCCCGGUCUGGUGCAUGGCGUCACCGGUGAGCCAGCGCAGUUCAUCAUCUCCACCAAGGGUGCCGGCGCUGGUGGCCUGCAAAUGGCCGUCGAAGGUCCUAGCAAAGCCGACAUUACCUACCAUGACAACAAGGAUGGUACGGUUUCGGUGUCGUACUUGCCGACCGCCCCCGGCGAGUACAAAAUCUCCGUCCGCUUUGGUGACAAGCAUAUCAAGGGAUCGCCCUACUUCGCGAAGAUCACUGGCGAGGGCCGCAAGCGUAACCAGAUUUCGGUCGGUUCCUGCUCGGAGGUGACGCUGCCCGGUGUGAUCAGCGAUAACGAUCUGCGAUCGCUGAACGCCUCGAUCCAGGCUCCGUCCGGGCUGGAGGAGCCGUGCUUCCUGAAGCGCAUGCCCACCGGCAACAUCGGCAUCUCGUUCACGCCACGCGAGAUUGGCGAGCACACCGUGUCGGUGAAGCGUUUGGGCAAGCACAUCGCCAACUCACCGUUCAAGGUGAACGUGUGCGAGCGCGAGGUGGGUGACGCGAAAAAGGUCAUCGUGACGGGCAACGCGCUGAAGGAGGGCAAAACGCACCAGGACAACGUGUUCUCGAUCGAUACGCGCAACGCCGGCUAUGGUGGGCUGUCGCUCUCGAUCGAAGGCCCGAGCAAGGCGGAGAUCCAGUGCACGGACAAGGACGACGGCACGCUCAACAUCGCGUACAAACCGACCGAGCCGGGCUACUACAUCGUGAACCUCAAGUUCGCCGACCAUCACGUCACCGGAUCGCCGUUCACGGUGAAGGUUUCGGGCGAGGGCACCAACCGGCAGCGCGAGAAGAUCCAGCGCCAGCGGGAGGCCGUGCCGAUCACCGAGGUGGGCAGCCAGUGCAAGCUGACGUUCAAGAUGCCCGGCAUUACGUCGUUCGAUCUGUCCGCCACGGUCACGUCGCCGGGUGGCGUGAGCGAGGAUGCCGAGAUCCAGGAGAUUGAGGAUGGCCUGUACGCGGUGCACUUCAUCCCGAAGGAGCUGGGCGUGCACACGGUUUCGGUCAAGUACAAGCAGAUCCAUAUUCCUGGAUCGCCAUUCCAGUUUACCGUUGGUCCGCUGAAGGAUACCGGCGCACAUCUGGUCAAGGCCGGCGGUCCGGGUCUGGAGCACGGCGAACAGGGCGUACCGGCCGAGUUUAACGUAUGGACGCGCGAAGCUGGCGGUGGCACUUUGGCCAUCUCCGUGGAGGGCCCCAGCAAGGCAGAGAUCGAGUUCAAGGAUCGCAAGGACGGCUCCUGCGAUGUUUCGUACGUCGUCAGUGAACCAGGCGACUACCGCAUCGGCUUGAAGUUCAACGAUCGCCAUAUUCCGGACUCUCCGUUCAAGGUUUACAUUUCGCCGGCCAUGGGCGAGGCCCACAAGCUGGAGGUGGCUCAGUUCCCGACUGGCUGCGUGCAAGCCGACAAGCCGGCCCAGUUUAUGGUCCGUAAGAACGGUGCCAAGGGAGAGCUUGACGCGAAGGUCGUUGCUCCCUCGAACAAUGAGGACGAUUGUUUCAUCCAGCUGAUCGACCAGGAUCAGUACUCGGUGCGGUUCUAUCCGCGCGAGAACGGCAUCCACGCGAUCCACGUCAAGUUCAACGGUGUGCACAUACCCGGCUCGCCGUACCGCAUCAAGGUGGGCAAGGACGACGUCGAUCCGGCGGCCGUGCACGCCUCCGGCAAGGGUCUCGGCGACGUCAAGACGGGCGAGAAGACCGAUCUGAUCAUUGACACGUGCAAUGCCGGCGCCGGCACGCUUGCCGUCACCGUCGACGGUCCGGCCAAGGUGGCGAUGGACUGCACGGAGGUGGAGGAGGGCUACAAGGUGCGGUACACGCCGCUGCUGCCGGGUCACUACUACAUGACGAUCAAGUACAACCAGAUGCACAUCGUUGGAUCACCGUUCAAGAUCAACUGCACCGGCGAGAGUCUCGCCGAGGCAGGCGGACAGGAAACGUCCUCGGUCAUUGUGGAAACCGUGGCGAAGGUAUCGAAGGGUGGCAACCGGACCGGUGUCAUUUUGCCCAUCUUCAAAUCGGACGCCAGCAAAAUCCAGUCGAAGGGCAUGGGUCUCAAGAAGGCGUACAUGGGCAAGCAGAACCAGUUUACGAUCAAUGCCGGCGAUGCGGGCAACAACAUCCUUUUCGUGGGCAUUUACGGACCGAAAGGACCGUGCGAUGAGGUGUUCAUCAAGCACACCGGACGCAACCAGUACACGGUUAACUACCUGGUUCGCGAGCGCGGCGAUUACAUUCUGCUUGUGAAAUGGGGCGACGACCAUAUCCCCGGCUCACCGUUUAAGGUUGAAGUUUAAAGACCGUACAACCGUACCUCACAGACGCGCCAUAUCCAACACCACCACUACUACCCCCUCUGCCAAACGAUAUCUGACAUCGGAAGCACUCGCACACGAGGCGGUUUCUGUUUCCCCUUUUGCUCCCAUUUUUAUUCACUACCAUGUGCGCGAACAGCAUGGUCACUUGACGUUCUCCUUCACCAUCCCUCCAUCCACCAAUCCCGAUCGUAGCGGCGCCACACAGACGCACGCAAGCCAUAGGAUGGAUGCCUCUGUCCCCGUAAGUGUCGCGGAGAAUCGCGAGCCCGAAAGCAGUCCUUGCCGUGCAUGCUUUCAAAAUAGUGUGGUUAAGUUAAAGAAGCCGUUCUUUUGAUCCAACAUGUUAUCGUUUUAUCGCGUUCUUCUAUCCCAACACUGUUGUACUGCAUCCAUUCGGUUAGGAAGGUCGGUAUUAAGACAUGCAUGAGCGCUUCGAUCAUAAAAUGAAAGCAGAUCGUUGUUUUACGUUCAUUUUAAUUACAAACCAACACCCCCCCCCCCACCCUAUCGCCUCUUUAUCUGCACUUACAAUUGUUCAACUGAUUGUUUUUUAUAAGUUUUCCAUCGCACGCUGAUGCGUACCGUUUUUAUGUUACUUGCUAUAAGUAAGAUCCGUUACUUUCAAACAUCAAACAUGCAAGUACGGUCGAAACCGCCAAUCAUCAGGUUAAGUGUUUAUGUUUGUAUUCAUGUUUUAUUUUUUUAUAUAUAUACUAUUCGUAUGCGGUAGCGCAUCCACUCAAUCCUUUCCACUAUGCAGCGCUUUGGAUUUUAAUUUAUUACGGUUAUUUUUUCGUGUAUUUUGUUUUUAGACCCCAUUCGUACCCCAUAAAGCCCACUUCCCUGUGGAAACUAUGAUCACAGUCUAAAUAAGGUUUAAGUAAAAGUUGUCAAAUCGAAACAUUAAAAAGAGACAAAAAAAUAAAUAAAGCGAUUGUGUAAACGAA